UUGGAGACUUCAGUCUUGGAAUAUUUUCAGACAAAUCACUUUACUUGAGUACAUCGAUAAUAUAGUUGUAACAAUGCUAAUACAAAUAUUAGCUGUCGUAGGACUCUUGGUAGUUCCAUCACACCAGCAACUUGUUAGUUGGCAAGAGUUUUCGAACGCUGUCACUAUCCAUGGAUUCCCAGUGCCGCAACAAAUCCAAUACACUACCUUCUUGCAAGGUCUACCUCUUGGUGGAAUUACAAACAGACAAGAGGCAGCAAUGGCUUUAACUCAAUUCUUGCAUGAAAGUGGUGGUCUGAGAUUUAGACGAGAAAUCGCAUGCGAACACACUGGCUGUCCUGAACAUUACCGCACUCCCGGAUGCGAUGCACCUGGUCAAUUUUACUUCGGCAGAGGAUACAUUCAACUAACAUGGUGCGGCUAUAACUAUCUACCAUUCUCUUUGAGCCGUUUCGGUGACGAUCGCUUGAGAUUGAAUCCGGAUUUAGUAGCAAGUGAUGAGCAAUUGGCUUGGGAUUCCGCAUUCUGGUUCUGGAGGCAAAACGUACACAAUUUCCCUGGUGUCCAACAAGGUCAUUUCGGUGCAACAACACGUGCUAUCAAUGGAAAUCUAGAGUGCAACAAUCCAGGUGGUCAUCAUCUCGCUAGAAUUCGUUUCGCAAUGUACGGUAGAGUGAGAAGUCAAUGGGGACUUCCCGGACCGGGAAUUGAAACUGGCUGUUACAACUAAUUGUUUUUGAGUUCUGAAGUGACAAUAAAACAUUAUAUUCAAUUGCAUCGCGUCAAA